AUGAGUAAGUUUAUUUACGUUCAUAUUUAUCGAAAAAAAUUAACGUACGCCCUAACGUUAACAAUAAUCGGUUCGAUUAUCUACGUUUUCUAUCAAAUAGCCGUUUUUUGGCAAAUUACUGAACCGCAACGGCCAAAUUACGAAAAUCUCGGAGUGAUAGUGAUGGGGAUUGACCCAAAAUUGCAGCAUUUUUACGAAAAAAACGAUGAUGUGAUAUUCCAGUGUAUAAAGAGUGGUGAAUUAAUUAGUUACGAUAAGAUUAACGACGAUUAUUGUGAUUGCUCGGAUGGGAGUGAUGAGCCGGGGACGAAUGCUUGCGGGAACGGAGAAUUUUAUUGUUUAUUUAGAGGAAAAUAUGGGAAAUAUCCACGAAAAAUUCCUUCGGAUAAAGUAAACGAUCGUGUUUGUGAUUGUUGUGAUGGAUCGGAUGAGUGGAAGCAUCAGGGUUUAUUAGCGUUAGAUGGAUAUAAAAUUUCCAAUAAGUUUAAAUUUGCUAGUUGUCCCAGAGUUUGUUUAAAUUUUAAUAAUUAG